AUGUCAGCAGACAAUUCCUCCAAGAAGCGAAAGCAGCAAUCAUCCAGCCAGCCAGCUUCGUCAAAGAAGUCUCGCACCGAAGGCAAUGCCACCCUCAUAGGCCCGCACGAGGGCGUCCUCAAAGAACUUUCCACGAAACACGAGGUCCUCGCCCUCUCGGUCAUAUCGUCUACACAGAUCCGCAAGCGCGUCUCCAGCGCUACUUCUCAUCUUCUCGACAAGGCAUCAGAUUCACGCGCAGUGUUGCUCCAUGCGCGACCCGCGGAUGUGUGCAAGAUGAUUACGGUGGCAGAGCAGUGCAAGAGGACGCUCGGCGAACAGGGGAGGGUCUGGUAUCAAUACAACGAACUAUUCGACCUUCCUGCAAAGGCUAGAAAGAGGAAAUCCGCUUCCCAAAAGGCAGAUUUGGAAGAGGUGGACGACGAUGAAUCCGAUAGCGACGACAAUGCGUUUGAAACGAUGCAAAGCCGAUUCGAGCAAGCCGUGUUGCCGCCUCCACGAGCUCGAGCGUAUAAAUCUCUGAGAAUUUUCAUCUCUCCUCAGCCUAUCCCCGACCUCAAAGCAAGGGAAAACGUAACGGUGCAAACGAGCGAGGACGCAACAUAA